AUGCGGCAGCCGGACGGUAGUGUGCAACAAUGGGAUGGGGCAGAGGGCGGCGACACGCCGACGAUGCACACGAACAACUCAAUGCUGAGCUUCAAUGAUGACUACACGAGCUUACUGAAUAAUCUGACGAAUGCCGGCGUUGCGGCAGAGCGGGCGACACAGCCGUCGGAGCGAAACGCGCAUCGCGGCGGAGAUGGCCGGCAGAGCCUGGACCAGCUGCUGCAGCAGUACCAUGCGGUCGAAGAGAAGGUGGGCAACGGCGGGAGCGAGGGGCGGCUGCAGUUCGCGUCGGGAGAGCAGCCAGACACGCGCAAAGCGGCAGCAGGGGGCGAUGGGGCUGUGCCGGGCAACCAGUGCGACCACUGCAGGAGGCGACAGGUGAAAUGCGUGACCGUGGCGGAGCACUCAAACUGUCUCCAGUGCGAGACCAAAGGCAUCAAGUGCGUGUUUUCGGAGAUGCCAUCUGCGCGCAUGAAAAAGACGCUGCAGCAAGGGAUGCAGAACAAGCGAUCGCGCUCUGAGGAGAAUGGCGCCUGGAUACAGGAGCUCCUGAAGCGGACCAAGGGCAGCGUUCCAUCCAGCAGCGAAAGCAUUUCGCAGUUCUAUGCAGACCUGCUCCAGAAUCUAAAUUCUACCCUGGCGAAUACGCCGCCACCGCCGAUAUUUUCCAAGAAGAACCACGAGGCGGGCAUUCCGAUCCAUAGUGCAUCUUCACCUAGUGGCCCCGGACACUACUCAUAUGCCUCCAAUCCGCCGACGGCCGACGCCGUUGGCCGCAACGACUCGCAUCUCAACUCUGCUCUGGCCAAGUACCCACGUUCCUCUUUCUACGUGGGCCCCACGUCCAUGUUUGACGUGAACUUGGUGAAUCACAUGAAGCUGGACAAAAUAGAUCAGGUGCAGCUAUCCAACACACUGGCGCUGCGUAAAGUUGCGCCAGGUGUCCAGUUUGUUCUUCGCGCUGAUUUUAACCACCAAUUGUACUUGAAGAAUGAACGUGAUGUCGAUCUAGUUGAAAAACUUGUUCACCCUCACGGGAAGAUUCUAGUAGAUAUCUUCUUCAAGCUCAUACACCCGUAUUUCCCGAUUCUGCACGAGCGGGUGUUUCUGGAAAAGUAUUCCAAGUCAUAUCGCGAAUUGACAGCCCCCAUUCUCGCGUCUAUUUAUUCUCUAGCUCUCCAAUGGUGGGACUUUCACCCGCAGGCGGUUGGCUUCCAAAGACCAGACGUUAUUGACCAACUUAAUGAGAUAGCACUGCGUACUUUUUUUGAUGUUUUGGAACGCCCAAAACUCAGUAUCGUACAGACUGGCCUGUUGAUCCUGCAAUGUCGAAGCGAGUGUCCCAAUAAUUGGAUUCUCUGCUCUGAGGUUGUGGCGCUUGCGGAGGAUCUUGGCCUGGGUAUAGAUUGCAAGGAUUGGCGGCUUCCAAGCUGGGAAAGAGGGUUGAGGAGGAGGCUGGCUUGGGCUGUGUGGUAUCAAGACAAAUGGAUAUCUAUGCUAGAGGCAAGAUAUUCUCAUCUGAUAUUGGGCAGGAACUGGCUUGUGAAAAUGCUCUCUGACCAAGAUUUUCCAGCAAACUCUCCUGUCAUAAGUAACAGCCAAGAGAAGAGUAAUGCCAAUAUCGGCACGGGUAAAACAGCUCCUAGUAACAUAUCAGUGCUCGACCUUUCCCCAACUGAUGAGGAUUUUAAUAAUGGAAAACUUUUAUUCCGGCAGAUGGUUUCACUGAGCAUUAUUUUGGGUGAGAUAUUGGAUACAUUUUACACCCUCGGUGCAAUAAGCACAACAACAAAAAUUGAGCAAGUUUUGAAGCUGGCAAAGCCAUUACAGUUAAAACUUCGUGAGUGGUAUCAUUCGUUGCCUUCAAAACUUUCCAUGAACAAUUUUCAACCAAGAAAGUUCAAUAGUAAUGCAUCUUUAACGCUUGCAUACUUCGCAGCUGAAAUAACCCUUCACAGGAAAAUUAUUACCACCUUACAGCCUGACUCGCCGGGCGAUUUAGUUCAGGUUUGUCGCACCGCUGCCAAAACUAGGCUUAUUGCUGCGAUAGAGUUCGUUAGAGAUCUCAAAACGGAGCAUAUAAGCGCGUUCUGGUACUCGUGCACAACUGGAAAUCUAACAUUGAUAAGUACCUUUGCCGGUUUAUUAUAUGUUACAGCGCCAACGAAGGAGGACGCACAGGUUUUCCGUGAUUGCUUGCGCAAUUACGUGUGGAUAUUGAGAAUGGCAUCAAAAUCUUAUGAAAAGGCUGCGAACGCUUUGGAUAGAAUACAAAUGUUGUUAUCACAGAUCCCGGGUCUUUUGACCGACGAAGUGGCGCCACAGCAGUUUGCUCCACCGCGUUCGCAAUCUCCUUAUUCCCAACAAUAUUCCACAGCUGGCUCACAUUCAGGCUUCGAAGCACAGAGUGGACAGAACACCGCGGGCAUGCUGGAUGGUGAUCCAAAUCUCUCAACAGGAACCUUCCAGCAGCUCCGAUCUUUGCCUCAAGACGUUUUAUUGACAUUGAAAAGCAUCCAGCAUAAUCUUCCUGGAGUCCCUCACGAUAUUAGAGGCCAUCGCCCAACUGCAGCAAAAUCUGAUGAUGAGCUAGAGCUAUCGCCAGGAUAUACGGGAGCAUCCGCCCAAGUGCAAGGGACAGGCCCAUACAAGGGCGGUCAACAAGAACACACUAAUAGCAAGCCUUCUGCCACAUCUUCUUCAUCGGCCACUAUGCCCAGCGCCACGAAUGGGAAAUCCGGAUCCGAAAGUAGUGCGUCCUUUGGAGGAGACACUGACAGUAGCGGUAAAAGAAACUCCUCAAACAGCAACGCAGGGGCCGCUUUUAAGCCGAACUCUGCGCUGGAGUCAGGCCAGGAUACUCAGGUAGGCUCUACUUCGCCCACCCCUUCCUCCUCAGUGGAUAACCCUCAAUCAAAAAGGGUCGAAGAUAACACUUCGUUAGUGAAGAGCCCCAGAAAUUCUCCAAAUAUGCCCGGAAGCACUGGCGGCUCAAGCAGUGUAGAGUCCGCCUCGGUAGAACACAGCGAGUAG